GAAAUCAGAGGGUGAAAGAUGGUGAUUAAAUAAUAAUAAAUCUAUUGAAGAUCCAACUUUGCCAUCCAGAAACCCCCAAUUUCCCCUGCGACGACUCCACGAAGAAACCUCUGCUACAGAGAGAAAGAGAAAAUAAAAAGGAAGUUAGAGAGAGAAAGAGAGAGAGACAGAGAGUUAAGGCAUUAAUGGCGGAGGGGAAGAAAGAGAGAAAAUCGAACAGCGAGGAGAGCGUGAAGCUGUUCGUAGGUCAGGUGCCGAAGCACAUGACUGAAGCUCAGCUCCUUGCAAUGUUCCAAGAAUUUGCUUUGGUCGACGAGGUCAACAUCAUCAAGGACAAAGCCACACGCGCCUCUCGAGGCUGUUGCUUUGUUAUUUGUCCCUCUAGGCAGGAGGCGGAUAAGGCGGUCAAUGCUUGUCACAACAAGAAAACAUUGCCCGGGGCAUCUAGUCCGUUGCAAGUGAAGUAUGCGGAUGGCGAGUUGGAAAGGCUAGAGCACAAGCUUUUUGUUGGUAUGCUCCCUAAGAAUGUCUCUGAAGCUGAAGUUUCUGCCCUGUUCACUAAAUAUGGAACAAUAAAGGACCUGCAAAUUUUAAGAGGUUCUCAGCAAACAAGCAAGGGUUGUGCUUUUCUGAAGUAUGAAACAAAAGAACAAGCCCUUGCAGCCUUAGAGGCCAUUAAUGGAAAGUAUAAAAUGGAGGGUUCAAGUGUUCCUUUGGUUGUCAAAUGGGCGGAUACAGAGAAGGAAAGGCAAGCUAGAAAAGCUCUGAAAGCUCAAUCGCAGGCAUCCAAUGCACCAAAUAAUGAUUCACAACAUCCUUCUUUAUUUGGAGCCUUGCCAAUGGGUUAUGUUCCACAAUAUAAUGGUUAUGGUUACCAGGCUCCUGGAACUUAUGGUCCCAUGCAAUACCCCCUAUCACCAAUGCAGAAUCAACCUGGUUUUCAUAAUAUGAUACCUACAGUAAACCAAGGAAAUGCAUUGCGUGGAAUUACACCUGACCUUGCCCCUAGAAGUUAUGCUAUGCCUCCGGCAAGUUAUGUGGGCUCUGCUUAUCCUGCAGUGCCUGGUCUUCAGCAUCCAAUGGCAUAUGCUGGAGGAAUUAUGAGUCACAGACCUUUAAGCGGUUCACCUGGUUCAGUUCAACAUGCAGUUGUGAGCAGCAAUUCUUCAACUUCUUCAGGGACGAGUAAAAGUACUGGGGGUCAAAUUGAAGGUCCACCUGGUGCCAAUUUAUUUAUUUAUCAUAUACCUCAAGAAUUUGGAGAUCAAGAACUUGCCAAUGCAUUUCAAGCGUUUGGUAGGGUCUUAAGCACUAAAGUUUUUGUAGAUAAAGCAACUGGUGUCAGCAAAUGUUUUGUUAUGACUCACCAGAGGAUGCUCAAUCUGCUAUUAGUAUGAUGAAUGGAUGCCAAUUAGGUGGUAAGAAAUUAAAGGUUCAGCUUAAGAGAGACAACAAACAGAAUAAACCUUAUUGACUUGAAGGUGAGUAUCGGAAGGAGGCUGAAUUCUUUAUACCAAGUGGCCAUGCAAGCUGGAUAGGUGGGAGUCACUGCAAUAUCAACAUUGUGGGAUGGAUUGCGAUGAUCUGUUCUUAUGUGCAUUAUUCUAUCCUGCUUGUGAUUGCCUCAAUGGGAAUGAAACCCCUGACAUUUGUAAUUCAUGGUGCACUUUGUGCCAACAAAUCUGUAACUUGUGUAUCAUUGACGUUCAUUUAGACAGUGACUGUCAAUUUAUUGAUUCUUCCCUCAUGGACAUGUGCCAGUUGUAUAAUUUUGUGGAAACAUUCAUGAUUGAAUGGUUCCUGAUUCUUUUGUUUCCACAAUUCAAUGGCUAAAUUGUACAAUACAUUCCUUAA